AUGACAGGUAAGACGAGGAGGCAUGCCUCCGCGUACAACAGCCGAGACGCGGUGAUAGAUGUCGAAAAACAGCCCUUCCGGCCUAAACACCACCGACAACAUAGCCACAGCUCGUUCGACUCAGAUAGUGGUGACGACUCUGUGACCUCCUCCGCUGCUUCCUAUCAACCCAUGCUAGACAGUCCCGCACGCCGCCGUCCCCGGCCCGUGACGGGGUUCUAUCGCGUGCCCAAUCGGAUCAUGAGGCGACUGUGCUUUGGGUUGUUCAUCGCGCUCGUACUCUUCAUCCUUACCCUCUUUCGAUUCACAAUCAGAUCCUCCGUUACCCAGGUCCCCCUCGAAGUUCCAAAGACAACCCCAAAACCGCCCCAGUGGGAGAGUUUCCCUUUUCUAAAACGAUAUCAUGGUGACAACCCAGAUGUGAUGGGACUGGGGGGCGAUGCCGAAGCGAAUGCAACAGGCCUCCAAGCUCGGGAUGAGGCUCUGCCCAUUUCUAGUCUAGCUUUCGAUCCGUACCCCAACUACACCUCACCGGAAUACAUUGCAAAAUACGGCGAGAAACGGGAAUGCUUCUUAGACGAAAAAGAAACAAUGCGUAUUCCCCUGGUUCAUUCCUAUCCUGGUGUGCCUCGUGGGUUUCCAGAAGCCGUCAUGGGCUCAAAUGAAGAGAUAGGCAUUCGGGAUGAUGUCUGCUUUGAUCGCUUUGGCCGCUUAGGUCCCUAUGGGUUAGGAUAUAGUGUCAGGAAAGGUGGCAUUGGUGCUGGCUUGGAAGGCCAUCGAGAAGGCGCGGAACAUGUCUGGGAUGAAUAUCCACCAGUGGACUUUCGCAAAGUCGACUGGGCUGCCGCUCAGAAUCGGUGCCUGGUAGCAAAUGGUCAUCGCUUCAAAGACCUCCCACAGCCGCGUUCGAAUCGCUUCCUGUCUAUGCCAAUCGGUGCUCGAGACUCAAAUGACAAACCUCAUGAGGCUGCUCCUGUCGACCCUGAGCUGCCUCAAGCGGGGACAGGGCGCUUGCCUCGAACAGCGGUGAUUAUACGGACGUGGCAUGACUUUCACUAUACUCCGGAGGAUAUAUUGUAUCUGCGAUCGUUGAUCUCCGAACUCUCUCUGCUUUCCGGUGGAGAGUACACGAUUCACUUUCUAGUGCAUGUCAAAGAUGAGAAUCUCCAAAUCUGGUCUGAUGAUGAGACGUACGAACGGGUGCUAAAGGAUGCCCUGCCAGAAGAAUUCCGCGGCAUGGGUACUCUUUGGUCGGAGCGACAGAUGUCCCUUCUAUACUCCGGACUGGAAGAAACAUGA